AUGAAAGUCAAUAUUUUAAAUUUUGUUUUGUUUUCAAUUAUUAUUUGUUCUUUUGAAUAUGCCAAAAAAGAAUUAUACUUUAUAAACGAAAGAAAGAUAUAUCUUGAAAGGAAUAUAAUAAAUUUUAAAAAUAAUAGGAUAUUAGCAGAUACAGACAACCAAUUCGAUUUAAAUAAUUUUUAUGAGUCAACCUUGAGUCUUGCAAAUCAAUUUAAUGACUACAAUGAUGAUGACGAAGAAAUAAUACAUCUUCGAAAUAUUAUAGAUUCACAUGUAAAGAAGUAUAAAGAAAGUAAUACAAGACCCAAUUUAAAUAAUUUAGAUGGGAAAACGAAAAAAUUAAUUCAUAAAAUUCAAAAAGAAUUAAAUGAAGCAAAAAAAGAGCUCGAUAAUGAAAGGAAUGGCGAAUUAUCAAUACAGCCGAUACAAGAUAAAAGAGUAAUAAAAAAAAGUGAACAUAUUUCUAAGAUUGAUGAAGAUAAAAUUAACGAUAAAUAUAAUAAAAUUACAUUAAGCAAUUGUUAUAAGACAUUAAAAAAAAUUUCAAAGUCUAUAAAAUCAAAAAAAAAUAUAACUAUAAGGGCUAUGUUGUUGAUUGCAUCACUUUGUGUAAUAAUAUCAUUAGGAAUGACGGUGCAGACAAUCUUACUUGGAAUGUUUGCGUCUUUCAUAAUUAUUAUUAUCGGAAAUAAAACAUUGUAUUAUGAAUUUAAAAAAUUAUUAAAAACCAAACUUUAUCGUACUCGAUUAAAUGUUAAUAAUUAUAAUAUUUUAAAUAAACUUGAUUUGAGCACACUUAUUAAUAAAAUUAUAAGCUAUAUUGGAGAUAUGGAUUCAGAUUUAGAGUUGUGUUUGGGGAAACCCAUAUUUGGGGUUAGGGUUUUGGACUAUGGAUUAUAG